AUGGAUUCACCCUACUCCAACGAGUUGAAGAUCGCUUUCGAGGUCAUCCAGCAAGCCGCAAAGCUCAGCCAGUUUGUCCUGUCCCAGGCUCAGAAAGAUGACAAUCACGACUUGGGUGUUGUCUCCAAGGACGAUUUGAGUCCUGUCACUAUCGCAGAUUUCGCUGUCCAAGCUCUGCUCACCAGCACGUUGCACGCCCACUUCCCUGGUGACAGGUUCGUCGGCGAGGAGUCGGCCGGCCAACUUAGGGCCAACCCUGCCUUGCUAGACCGUGUACAGGCUGCCCUGCAGCACACUCAGAAUCAGUUGCAGGAUGAGGCCGAGUCCUUGGUGAGAUUUCCAAGCUCGCCUGACCAGAUGUGCGAGAUGAUCGACUGGUGCGGCACGGGAACGCCCGAUGUUGGGGGCAGGAUAUGGGUUUUCGACCCUAUCGACGGCACCGAAAACUUUGUCAAGAACUUGGUCUACGCUAUAAAUGUCGGCUUGCUGGAAGACGGCAGGCAGGUGCUGUCCGCUGUGGGAUGCCCUAACCUGUCGAUGGACAUCAAGUCUCCAGCUUCAGACAACUCGUUGGAUCCUUCACAGGAGGGCAGUAUCGCGUUCGCCGUACGAGGCCAUGGCGCGUUCAUCCGAAAGCUCCCCGGCUCGUAUCACAGUGCAGCCGUAAGGCGCCUGCCCAGGCACGCAGAGCACGCAUCGGACCUGCGAUCUGUAACUUGCCUCAAUACGAGCGGUUUGCCAGCAGUCCACGAGUCUGCAGCCAGGCAGCUUGGUAUUGAGUACCCGGGAAGCACCCUCCUACCGUGGGUGAUGCGGUAUGUGCUCCUUGCGCUGAAUGUCGGUAACACGACGUUCUGGGUAUACAAAUCAAGAUCAAGGCUUGCGAAGAUCUGGGAUCAUGUUGGUGCUAUGCUCCUAUUUGAAGAAGUAGGAGGUAAAAUCACGGAUGUUGACGGAAAGGACCUCGACUGGAAUGCAGGGAGACAAAUGGUUGCAAACUACGGCAUUAUCGCUGCACCGAGCAAUCUGCACGGACAAGUUCUAGCUACAGUCAGGGGUGCUUUGCAGGAAAUAAAGCCCGAGUUGCUGUCAGUUCCAAAUUGA